AUGUUUGACCAAUUCAAAAAUAUCCUGCCAACCACCAAUAUCAAUAUUCGUUCGUUAUCCAGCUCCGUUGGAUUGAAUGACGAGGAAUGGCGAGCACGCGGUUUAGAACGGUUUAGAUUAGAGACACUUCGAUCCGAAUUCCAAAACUUUAACUCGAUACUCCUUAACCGGCAACAAAGCGCACCCCCGAUAACACAACAAAGCCGACAAUCUAUUUUGGAGUUGGAAGCAACGAGUCGAUUGAUACAAAGGUACGAGCAUGAUUGGCAAGACAUCCACGACCGAAACGCCGUCAAUUUUGAGAAGGCGAGGAUGGCGGAUCAAUUACUGCUGCAGCUUUUGAGCACAUGUCGUCAACACGUGUCAACCGGUGAUCGGAUGGAGAAAACACAUGAAGACCUGGCAGCGAUCCAUGAGGAUUUGAAACAACUAAAUACGAUGGCUGGUGAUCUCAAGAGUAAAUUGAUGGGUUUGGAGGAUCAAAUCAAUGAGGCUACCAGCGAACAGUCUCGGCAAGAAUUUGAAGAAUGGAAGGAAGAGCAGCGUGGCAAGUUGAAUGGGGAGAUAGCAGGCAAAACAGCAAAAUUGGAAAUGUAUGAAGCAUCAUUACGGCAAGCAUACGAGGAGCAUAAUCAAGUGCAGACACAAAAGCGGGCGGAAUUACUUGAUGCAACAUUCAAUGCUGAGAUGGAGCAAUAUCGAAGGCUUCGAGAAACACAAGUCUCUUCCUUAUAUUCACACCAACCCGCUGCUUCCAUCACUGCAUCAUUGGAUACCUUGAAGUUAGACGUCGAUAACCAGGAUUUGGAUUCCUUUCUCUCUGAUAAUGAUGAGACCACCACAUCAUCCAAUAGACAACAUCCACCACACAAACAACAACCCAUAUCAGAUGAUAGUUCAGAUGAAGGGGGAGACAACGAGAUAUUGGGAGAUGAAGACUACGAGGAUUUAUAG